UUGCACAUACAUAAAAUGGGCGAGGGAUUCUCCUUGGUGGCGUCGGCUUUCCCUGACGAUCGCAAGCUUCAGCAUGACGCAGAGUUCCUGUUUUGUUACGCCAAGGCCCGGCGUUCCUUUUUUACAUCUGCACAGUUCCUGCGUGGCUAGACGCGAGAACACCCGAACACGUCGUCUCGCCAGGUUUGGAACUUUCGGUGGAAGAUUUCAAGGUCUCUAGAGGGUGCAGCGAUUCCCGAGCACCGCCGCAGCUUGUCCCGGGUUUGCCCGGUACGAAGUUGGAAGGGGGGAGAACGUGAAUGUCGUUUCCGCGCUUCAUGAAAGAAAGCCCACCUGCUUCCAAGUUGUAGCGCGCCGCGUCAGUUCGACAGGAGGAUACGGAGGGGGCCGUUUUCCCGCCUACGCCUUCGUCUCCCCUCCUGCGGCGGAGAGCGAAAGCGAAAGCCGGGUGUGGCUCCGCCCCGCUUGCUGCGGCUGGAGAAAGCAGCUGAAGCUUGUCAGGCUGCGGGCUGGGCGGCUCCUGGUCCGCGCUCUUGGUCUCGUUCCCCCACUUCGUCCUUCCCUUGGCCUGUCGCGGGAGAAGCAGAUUGCCCUCCCCUGCCUGGACAUGUGGGUGCUACGCGUGUGCUGGGUGCUGCUGGGCACUCUGGGUGCCGGUUCGGCCCAACUGUUCUUUGAGAGUGUCCCAUUUGUUGACAUAGACCCCUGUAAUGGAACUGUGGUCACUCUCCCUUGUGUGGUAACUAAUCUGAAAUAUAAUCAGAGUUCAUCAAUGUUUGUGACAUGGCUAUUUCAAGGAAAACAAUUUUUCAUUUUUGAUGGAGUUACCAAUAACACUGUUAGAAACAGAAGUUUUCAGAGUGCAAUUUUUGAGAACCGUUCAAUGCUACCCUAUGGCAUUGCUUCACUCGUUGUAUCAACAGAAGAAGCCCUUCCAGGAAAUUACACUUGUGAAGUAACAGAAUCAAACAGAGAAGGAGAAACAAGAAUUGAACUUAGAAAUAGCUCAGCCUGCCUAAAUCAUUCAUCAGAGAGCGUACCUUGGUUUCAGCCUAUGGAGCGAUGCUCUAUCAUUUCCACGAUAAUGGUGGCUGUUGCUUUGUACUGGUGCCAAUUUAUUACUGUAGCUAUAAAGUUUGACAUGACUUUUAAAAAGAAGAUUGGCUUAAGUGCUAUAGGAGGAUUACUAUCAUGUGUUGCUGUGAUCGGUGCCAUUCUUUUUGCCCAAGGUGGAUAUACAUCAUCAGUUAAAGCUGGUCUUGGCAUCAUUGUAGUCCCUGUAAUCAUUGUAGUGCCACUUUUAUACUUCCUGUUCACAUCAGUCUUUGAGAGGCCACGAUGGUUCGCACGUUUUUUGCUAGGACUGAAAGCAAUUGGAUAUCUAACUGCUGUGGUUGGAUUUGCUUUUUGUGUGAGAGCAUGUCACCCGAAAAAUGGAUCUGUUCUGAUUGCAGGCUUAGCAGUUAUUGAUGUUGCAGCAGUAAUUGGCUUAAUUUAUAUUAUUAUUAUAAUUGGUUCCAACUUGAAAGAUCAUCAGCCUCCAAGGCACUUGAUGUGAGGUAAUUGAAUCCAAUAUGGACAUGGAAACAAGUGGAGAGAGACUUUUGUUGAUACACCGUGGCCUUGAAGAUGCACUAUUCAAAGAGAAGUAAAAUCAGGAAAUUAGUUGUUUUGCAUGUUUGGAAGUUCUGUAAUGACUCACCUGAUGUAACUUUUUAGUCACAGCAGCUGUAGUAAUUUUAAAAGAAAAGUAAGUGUAUGCACGUGAGGUUUCCCCCUUCCCUUUCUGAAUGGUGGAGGAGGGCAAAAAACAGAAUGCUCUCUAGCCACUUCCUCUUGUGCUGCACUGCUCAGAAUGAUCUGGAAAAGGCCAUUUUGCAUACAGACCAAACAUCAUGAGGGACCACUUUUGGACAUCACAGUCUUAAUACGUUGGCUUCAUCAGCUCUGGGCCAGGUUUUUUGUUUUGUUUUUAUUUUGGUUUUGGUUUCACUAAACAGCAGCUUGCUUCUAUAGAAUAGCAAUCUUCAGCACAUCCUUGCAUUGUAGAAAAGGUUGCAGUGCUGAAAGUCUGAAGUGGGGGUUGCUCAAACGUUAGCAGUUCUCUUUUCCUCCCAGAACAAUUUAUUUAUUUAUUUAUUUAUUUAUUUGCACGCACACACACACACAUAUAUAUAUAUAUAUAUGUAUGGGACUGGACUGCCCCCCGCCCCCGUCCACCACAGCUUGAAAAUUGGUGAACCUCAGCCCCAUUUUUUAAAAAAAUGUUCAGCUAAGCCAGCACUGGGAUGUUUGAAAGUAUCUCAAGGUCACAGAACAGAUUUCUAUGGGACCACUUAUUCAAAUAUUUGUACUGCAUGAUUGAUUAUAUGGUUUUCUUUCUUGGAUUUUUACUCACUGUCCUCUAA